AUGGAAUCCUACACAAAGCUAGUCCUUUUAGCCAUUGUUCUGGUUGCAGUCGUUGUAACCGAACCAAUGGCUACAAAUGGUUUCCCGAUAUGUGGGAUAAACACCGACGAUCUAAAGACUUGUCAACCCGCAGUAGCAAAAGGCGUAGACCCUCUCCCAGCACCAACGGCAGAGUGUUGCGCUGCCUUGACUAACGCAAAUGUGCCGUGUUUCUGCAAGCUAAAAGAUAAAAAUCCAACCUUGUUCGCCAUUUAUGGUAUCGACCCCAAACAUUGCAUGGAGCUUCCGGCAAAAUGUAACCUACCACAAGCAGCUAGCACCCAUUGCUAG